AUGGAUACUAUAAGAAAUUUACCUGAAACUGAAGAGUACCCUGACACUGAGGUACAAAAAGACCAAGAACUCACUCUGGAAGAAUGGCAAGAAAAGUGGGUGAGCCGCAAGAUCGGCUUUCAUCAAGAAGAAGGACAUCGGCUGUUAAAGAAGCAUUUGGAUACUUUUCUUCACAGUGGGAUUAAACUCCGGGUCUUUUUCCCUCUUUGUGGAAAAGCAGUCGAAAUGAGAUGGUUUUCGGACUUGGGGCAUAGUGUUGUUGGCGUGGAAAUAAGUGAACUUGCAAUACGGGAAUUCUUCACAGAGCAGAGUCUCCCAUACUCAAAAGAACCAAUUCCUGAAAUCCCUGGAGCUAAACUGUUUAAGAACUCUUCAGGAACCAUUUCAUUGUACUGUUGUGACAUUUUUGAUCUGCCAAGAGCAAAUAUUGACAAAUUUGACCGGAUCUGGGACAGAGGAGCAUUAGUAGCUAUUAAUCCAUGUGAUCGACAACGAUAUGUUGAUACGUUAUUGUCCCUAACAAGGAAAGACUUUCACUACUUCCUGUGUGCUUUGUCUUAUGAUCCAACAAAACAUUCAGGCCCACCAUUUAAUGUUCCAGAUACUGAAGUUAAAAAAUUGUUUGGUAUGACAUGCAAUAUACGUUGUCUUGAGAAUGUCGAUGUUUUGGAAGAACGACAUAGAAGUUGGGGGAUUGACUCUUUAUUUGAAAGGUUGUAUCUACUUACAGAAAAGUAG